CCUCUCAGUCGCUCGGAAUUUUCGGCUCCGGCGGAGAAUCGCCGGAAAGAGGUCGAGGCGAUAAAAACGGGUCCGGGAUCGGGAGGAGAAGCCGAAGCAACGACUCCGGGGCUUGGACGCGUCCACACACAGCGAGCUGCUUCCCGCGGGGCUUCAUCAUGGAGGCUGAACUAUGACGUGUUGUGUAGCUGCGGACAACUGAGUGAACCAUGGCGCAGUUCCCCACCACAUUCACAGCAGGUCCAGAUGUGUUUCUGAUCUCAGUGGAUGAGAGAGUCAAAUAUGAUCAGCAGUUUCACAGCCUCGCUCCGACCGCAGGGGGUUACAUCACAGGUGACCAGGCCAGGAACUUCUUCCUCCAGUCAGGGCUACCCCCUCCUGUCCUGGCCCAGAUCUGGGCUCUGGCUGACAUGAACAGUGAUGGCCGAAUGGAUAUCUACGAGUUCUCUAUCGCCAUGAAACUCAUCAAGCUCAAACUCCAGGGUCACCCGCUGCCCCCUUCGCUUCCUCCCAGUAUGAAACAACCCCCCCUGCCUUUACCCCCACAGGGCGGCUUUGGCAUGCCCCCCAUGCCCCCCAUGGUUACCAUCCCAGCUCCUCUUUCAGCCGUGCCCCCUCUACCCCUACCCCCUCUGCCGGUCGGGCUGUCUCCCCCACUGGUCUCAUCUGCCCCGCCUCCCCUCCCCCAGCCCAUCGCCAAUGGAGCUCCUCCCACAGGCAUGAUCCCGCCCAUCUCAGGCUUCCCCCACCCAGCUCAACCUGUCAACAAGUCGACUUCAUUCAAUCGUUCCAGUGCUAAGCUGCAGAAGGUAGCAUCAUUUGAUGCUGCUAGCAGUCUGCCCCCCUGUGAUUGGGCCGUUCCUCAGUCCUCAAGGCUGAAGUACAGACAGCUUUUUAAUUCACACGACAAGAUGAUGAGUGGACACCUCACAGGUCCACAGGCUCGCACUAUCCUGAUGCAGUCCAGUCUUCCUCAGGGCCAGUUGGCCACAAUAUGGAGUCUGUCAGAUAUCGACCAGGAUGGAAAACUGACGGCUGAGGAGUUCAUCUUGGCCAUGCACCUCAUAGAUAUGGCCAUGUCAGGGUUACCGCUGCCCCCUGUGUUACCACCAGAUUACCUCCCACCCACAUUCAGGCGUGUGCGGAGCGACAGUGUUCAGUCGGAGCAGAAGUUCGUUCCGGAGGAAUUGGAGGAGGAGCUCGAGAGCAGCCAAGAUAAGAAACUACCAGUGACAUUUGAGGAUAAGAAGAGGGAAAACUUUGAGCGAGGAAACCUGGAGUUGGAGAAGAGACGUCAGGCUCUGCAGGAGCUACAGAGGAAAGAGCAGGAGCGACUGGCUACUAUCGAGAGAGAGGAGCAGGACCGGAAGGAGCGUGAGCGUCUCGAGCAGGAGAGGAGACGACAACAUGAACUGGAAAAGCAGCUGGAGAAACAGAGAGACCUGGAGAGGCAGAGAGAGGAUGAGAGACGCAAAGAGAUUGAGAGAAGAGAGGCUGCUAAACGUGAAUUAGAGCGCCAGCGUCAGUUGGAGUGGGAGCGUCAACGACGGCAGGAGCUUCUGACUCAAAGGAACCGAGAGCAGGAGAGUAUCGUGCUGCUCAAAGCCAGGAAGAAGACCCUGGAGUUUGAACUGGAGGCCCUGAAUGAUAAGAAGUCCCAGCUAGAGGGCAAACUGAAGGAUGUUCGGUUUCGUCUGUCAGCUCAGCGGAGAGAAGUGGAGCAGACCAAUCAGACGAGAGAAACACGCAUCGCUGAAAUCACCCUGUUACAACAGCAGCUGCAGGACUCACAGCAGUGGCUCGGGAGGCUAAUUCCUGAUAAACAGUGUCUCAACGACCAGUUGACACAGGUUCAACAGAACAGCUUGCACCGUGACAGUCUGUCCUCCCUGCAGAAGGCUGUGGAGCAGAAGGAAACCAGCAGAGAGCAGCUACGAGAGCAGCUGAAUGCUGUGGAGAGAGAGACGAGGGCCAAACUGCUGGAAAUAGACGCGUUCAACACUCAGCUGAAGGAGCUGCGGGAGAUCCACAGCCGGCAGCAGCGACAUAGACAGAGAGAGCUGGAGGGAGACACACACUCACUGACACACACACACUCUCACAUACACACUCCGAUCGAGAGGCAGUCUGCGGAGCUGCACAAGAGCAGGUUGUCUUCAGACGAAGGUGUGAGCUGGAGGGAUGAUGAAGCAGGAAUGUCUGCCCCCGAUCCUCCGAGCCCAACCUCCAUCUCUGCACCUGACGCCUGGCUGAACAGAGUGACCCUUGAAGAGGAGGAGAGGAAGAGGAGAGGGAUGGAGGAGGAAGAAGAGGGCCGGAAUAGUGCAGGGUCGGUAGAAGAGUUGGAGGACGAGGGAAGAAGCAAGAAGGACAUGCAAGAUAAAUUAAGCAAGCUGUUCGGCCAGCCGGCUGAUCCCUGGGGCUCAUCAGUGGAGAAGACUCCCGGACCCAGUCUCUUUGACCAGAAUACAGUGGCCAGCGGCUUCGACCAGCAUCAGCCGCCUCAGUUUCAACCGCCGCAGCAUCAGCCGCCGCAGCAUCAGCCGCCGCAGCAUCAGCCGCCACAGCAUCAGCCACCACAGCAUCAGCCAACGCAGCAUCAGCCAACGCAGCAUCAGCCAACGCAGCAUCAGCCACCGCAGUUUCAACCACCGCAGCAUCAGCCACCACAACAUCCACCGCAGCAUCCGCCGCAGCAUCAGCAUUCCCAGCAGCAGCCGCCGGUGAAGGUGGUGUACUACAGGUCUCUGUACCCAUUUGAUGCCCGCAGCCAUGAUGAGAUCAGUAUCGCUCCCGGAGACGUCAUCAUGGUGAAGGGGGAAUGGGUGGACGAGUCUCAAACAGGUGAACCCGGCUGGCUGGGCGGAGAGCUCAGGGGCAGGACGGGUUGGUUUCCAGCCAAUUACGCAGAGCGUAUUCCAGACAGCGAAGCACCGAUCAACCUCCGCGCCACCGCCUCAGUCACACCCACGUCUGCCCAGCAGCCAAUGACAACGCCUCCUCCAGCACCUGGACACGCCCCCUCAUCAGCACCCUCCGCAAACAGUAACUGGGCCGACUUCAACACAACUUGGCCCUCUAAUACAGCCAGCCAAUCAGAGAGCGAGGGAUGGGAUGCAUGGCCGACCUCUUCAACCAAUCAGAAUCCAUCGCUCAGCGUUCCCUCAGCGCAACUACGGCAACGCUCUGCCUUCACACCGGCUACCAUGACGACCGGCUCCUCUCCCUCACCGGUGCUGGGACAGGGGGAGAAGGUCGAGGGUCUUCAGGCUCAGGCUUUGUAUCCCUGGAGGGCGAAGAAGGACAACCACCUGAACUUCAACAAAAAUGAGAUAAUAACAGUGUUGGAGCAGCAGGACAUGUGGUGGUUGGGUGAACUGCAGACUGGACAGAGAGGCUGGUUCCCCAAAAGCUACGUGAAGCUCAUCUCCGCCAGCGCGACGCCUCCGGUUGUUAUCGCAGCGCGCAGCAAAAACACCAGUGAGUCCGGGGUAUCAGAGAGUCCGCCCAAUGGGAAGCGACCCUCCCCUUCCCCGACAAAACCCUCCGACUCUGGUGAAGAGUAUGUGGCCAUGUACACGUACGAGAGCAGUGAACAAGGCGACCUGAGCUUCCAGCAGGGAGACGUCGUCAUCGUGACCAGGAAAGAAGGCGAUUGGUGGACAGGCGUAGUCGGCGGCAAAACUGGAGUCUUCCCAUCCAAUUACGUUAAACCUCGAGACUCUGCAUCAGAUUCUUUGGGACCAGCAGGGAAGACGGGCAGCUUGGGAAAGAAACCAGAGAUCGCUCAGGUGAUCGCCCCCUACAGUGCUACAGGAGCAGAGCAGCUCACGUUGGCUCCUGGGCAGCUCAUCCUCAUCAGGAAAAAGAACCCAGGGGGCUGGUGGGAGGGUGAGCUCCAGGCUCGAGGGAAAAAGCGGCAAAUAGGUUGGUUUCCGGCCAAUUACGUGAAGCUGCUCAGUCCCAGCACCAGUAAGACGACGCCCACAGAGCCGACACCUCCUAAACUGACUCCUGCCAACACAGCUGUGUGUCAGGUGAUCGGCAUGUACGACUACCUGGCGCAGAACGACGACGAGUUGGCCUUCCUGAAGGGUCAGGUGAUCACAGUGCUCAACAAGGACGACUGUGAUUGGUGGAAAGGAGAGCUCAACGGGAGGGAGGGUCUGUUUCCCAGCAACUACGUCAAACUCACCACGGAUACCGACCCGAGCACGCAGUGGUGCGCUGACCUCCACCUGCUGGACAUGCUGAGUCCCACGGAGAGGAAGCGACAGGGCUACAUCCACGAGCUGAUCGUCACUGAGGAGAACUACGCUAACGACCUGCAGCUCGUCACAGAGAUUUUCCACAAACCUCUGCUGGAGUGCGAGCUGCUGACGGAGAAGGAAGUCGCCAUGAUCUUCGUCAACUGGAAGGAGCUCAUCAUGUGCAACAUCAAACUGCUCAAAGCGCUGAGAGUGAGGAAGAAGAUGUCAGGAGAUCGGAUGCCGGUGAAGAUGAUCGGUGACAUCCUGACCAAUCAGCUGCCUCACAUGCAGCCCUACAUCAGGUUCUGCUCGUGUCAGCUGAACGGAGCGACGCUGAUUCAGCAGAAAACAGACGACAGCCCUGAGAUCAAAGAUUUCCUCAAGAGGUUAGCCAUGGACCCCAGGUGCAAGGGGAUGCCUCUGUCCAGUUUCCUGCUCAAGCCCAUGCAGAGAGUCACACGCUACCCACUCAUCAUCAAGAACACAUUAGAAAACACUCCGGAGUCUCAUCCUGACCACAGUCACCUGAAAGCUGCUCUGGAGAAAGCAGAGGAGCUGUGUUCACAAGUGAACGAGGGCGUCAGAGAGAAAGAAAACUCGGAUCGUCUGGAGUGGAUUCAGGCUCACGUUCAGUGUGAAGGCCUGUCGGAGCAACUGGUGUUUAACUCGGUCACAAACUGUUUGGGUCCCAGGAAGUUUCUCCACAGCGGGAAACUGUUCAAAGCCAAAAGCAGCAAAGAGCUGUACGGCUUCUUGUUCAACGACUUCCUGCUGCUGACUCAGGUCACCAAGCCUCUGGGCUGGUCCGGCUCAGACAAAGUUUUCUCAUCAAAAACACAUCUUCAGUACCGCAUGUACAAGACGCCGAUCUUCCUGAACGAGGUUCUGGUGAAGCUGCCGACCGACCCGUCAGGAGACGAACCUCUGUUCCACAUCUCCCACAUCGACCGGGUCUACACGCUCCGAGCCGAGAGCAUCAACGAGCGGACGGCGUGGGUUCAGAAAAUCAAGGCAGCGUCAGAACUCUUCAUCGAGACGGAGAAGAAGAAGAGAGAGAAGGCGUAUCUAGUUCGCUCUCAGAGAGCCACAGGGAUCGGUCGGCUGAUGGUCAACAUCGUGGAGGGAAUCGAGCUCAAACCUUGUCGCUCUCACGGUAAAAGUAAUCCAUACUGUGAGGUGACCAUGGGCUCCCAGUGCCAUAUCACCAAAACAUUACAGGACACGUUGAAUCCGAAGUGGAACUCCAACUGUCAGUUUUUUAUAAAGGACCUGGAGCAGGACGUCCUCUGUGUCACCGUGUUUGAACGAGACCAGUUCUCCCCCGACGACUUCCUGGGAAGGACCGAGAUCCGGUUGGCUGAAAUAAAGAAGGAUCAGGGCUCUAAAGGACCAAUCACCAAGCGGCUGCUUCUGCACGAGGUUCCCACAGGAGAGAUCGUCGUCAGGCUGGACCUCCAGCUGUUUGAAGAACCUUGAACCCAGAACAGGACCAGCACGGACUGGUCUCCAGGGACUGGGGCUGGAUUAGACUGGACUGGUCUGGAUUGUGUUAGUCUGGUUCACUUUCUUAGUGCUCAGAGGCAUUUAGGAGGAAGCUGAGGAAACAUUUCAAUUACUGUCAUUUGCCAGUUAAAUAUUAGAUUCCUAGUUUCUGAAAAGUCUUAAAAAUCUCUCAACUCAGUUUUAAAAAAGAUUUAAAACUUCACGUGAGUCUGAAACUCCAGUGGAUUACGAUGCAGGCGUCUUUUUUAUCCUGCUAAUAAGUGAUGUGUCAUUAUUUAUGUUUAUUACAGCUGGAAACUGUAGCUCAGAAAGUGGACAGUGAUUGUCAGUUUGUUUUUAAUUAUUAAUUUAUGUAAAGUUAUAUUUGGGUCUUUAUUGACAGGACAGUAAACAUGAGCCGGGUCGGAAUCGAACCCACAGCCUCUGCAGGAGGACUCGAUCCUCUGUAAUGAUUUUUAUUGGGUAGUCUACUCCGUUAAAUAAUAUUUAACUGGUAAAUGCUGCAGAAACUUCAUUAUACUUAAAAAAAAAACGAAUAGCAAGAAAAGAAAUUUAAAUUGGAUAUAAGAAAUUAAUAUUGUACCUAAACUCGUGUGUCUGCUGUUUCUGAAUCUCUUAAAAUGUACAUUCCACGCCACAAAAGUCUUACGCACCAUAAAUGUUCAUGUCUUAAGUUUUUUUACUGGUCUUAAAAAUUAGAGGAGAGUUCCAGUAAGUAGAUUCAUACUGGGAUUUUUAGAGUAAAGACGAACUUACAGAGGCUGUCUCUAGUCCAGUACAGUCCAGUCCACUCCAGUCUAGUCCAGUUCAGUCCAGUCCAGUCCAGUCCAGCUCUGUCGGCCUUCAGUCUGGUUCACGACAGUAUUGAUCCAGUCGUCUUUUGUGUCAUCAGACAGACUCUCCACUGACAAUCCCAGCCCUCCUGCUUUGUCCCUACAAACCCCUAAACCCCUGUGUGUGUCUGUGUGUGUCUGUGUGUGUGGGGGCGUACGUGUACAUGAGUGUGUGUAUGCAUGUGUGUGUGAAUGCCUGUAAGAGCGUUAAGGUGGACAAGCUAAUUAACGGUACGGUUCAGUGUACAUUUUAUUUUUUAUCGUACAACUCUCUCGGAGUCUUAGGGUCGAGUCUCAGCGUCUGGGUUCUGCAUGUUAAAGGGACGGUGACAUUUUGAAUUUAUGUACAGGUGCAAUGAGAAAAGUUAACAAUGCGAAUAAGCUAAAACUACAGUAACACACAAAACAUGACGAGUGUCCGGUGUACAUAAAUUACAGACAUGCCAAAAUGUCCCUUUGUAUGAAUAAUAAUAAUAAUAAUAAUAAUAGCGCUGGUGAGGAUGUGGCUGACGCAGGGAAACAGGAUUGACAGCUAAUUUAAAUUGAGGUACUGUAAAGAAGAAUGUCUUUGUUUUUAUUUGAUGUUGAACGCACACAGGGGUUCUAGCUCUAAAGGUGAUUCUUCUGUCACGUGUUUAACCCGACAGUAUCCGAAAAGGCCCAGAGCCGGAUCCAUCGGGGGCCCCCCGAACACGCUAUAGGUACCGCAGACGUGUAUUUUAUUGAAACGUCAUUUCCACACGCUAACCAUGAGAAAGCUAAGUGUAGAAAUCAUUUGACUGUGCGUCGGCACUCCCAGCACUUUCAAAACAGACACAAACAUUAGAGCAGAGGACACGACUAACAUCGCACAGCAGCCAUUUUGAAUGCUCAAAGCAGGAAACGUAACCUGGAGGAUUAGUAAAAAUAAAAGAGGAAGUGAUUUUCUUGUUGUCAGUAAAAGACCAAAAUUCUCUCAGUAGCCUCGAUUGGAUUUAAAGAUGGACGACAUGGCACCAGCUCAAAAGUGAAGCCAAAUGAUCUUGAUUGCCCCCUAGUGGCAGUUUGAAUUUGUUCAAUCUUCAAAAAUGUUUACUAUCCAGCUUCGUACACAUUCGGAUCCGGUUGUGUUAUCUUGUUCGCUGAUUUUAAACGGACAACAAAUGUAAGACUUCACUUUUUGCUUAAAGUGUCUAUAUUCAUAUCAUUGUACUUGAUUUCUUUCAAGUACACAAACUCAGGAGUCACUCUGAAGGCAGCGCCAAUCCUCCACGCAGACUUUUCCCACCCGAGCGUUCAAAAUGGCCGCUGCGUUCGCCAGUCAGACAACAGAUAAAAUCCCAGUGUGUUCGCUCAGCGGAGUUGUAAAUAUAUAAGUUAGUUAGUUAGCUAGCUACUCGGCCAGUUAGUAAAUUUAGCUAGAAGUUUUUAAUUUAAUGCCAUGGUUUCAGUCACGCGCUGGAUUACCACGGAGACAACCUAACGUUACCUUUGUGACCAGUCACUGUCCAAUCAGAGGGCAGCGAGGCGGGUCGCAGCAUCUCGACAGUGGAGGAAGGUGUGAAUGUGUUUCCCCAGAUUGAAGCUAACGAUGAAGAUGAUGAUGAAGGUCGUCCUCGUCCCUGUCGACCCUACUGUUCUUACUGUUCCACCCGACCUCCUCUCCUCCCUGAACCUAAUCCAGUUUGAACCUGUUCUCACUGUCUAUCUUCCAGGUUGUGUAUACUACUACUGCUAAUCUGAGAGUUAAUAUAUGAGCGUGGGGGGGGGGGGGGGGGGGGGGCGAUGGAAACUGCUGUUAAUUAUCACUCUAGAAGAUGAUGUACGUUGUUGUCUUUCAAUGUUCAGAAUAAACUCCAGUUGGACCAAGA